CCAGACCCGGAAGUGAGACGUCGACAGCGACAACCAAGACCAAGUUGCUGCAAGCACGGAUUCAAAAUAUUACGAUAUUAAUAUACGAUAUUAAUAUUAACUGUGACAAUGCCGUACAUGUUGAUCAGCACGCAGAUACGACUGGAAAACGGGCCGACAGUUGUUGGAGAUGAAUGGAGUGACAUCCAGUUGAUGGACUAUCUCGGUGCUUCGUUGUACAAACAACUUGGAAACAACUUCCUGGAGUACAAGAGCCCUGACCCUCCCCGUGUUGUCUUGAACAAGUUGGAGAAGAAAGGAUUCUCUGUUGUCAGCAUGACAGGUGUGGGACAAACCUGCAUAUGGACGCUUCACCUGCCAGAAGCCCUGGAUGAGGAUAAGAAUAAACAUCAGGCCCACUGAGUGGGGACAAGAUGGUCUGAUUGUGUGCGACAGCAAGGAAGUAGCAACAUAAUAUUGAAUAGUUCAUAUGGGUGUAAUGUCUCCAUGAUCUGGUCAACGCCGUGGUCGAAAUAAUUCAAAUACAUAUAUUAUCAGAGCAGUAGCCUACACACACACACACGUCCCCAACUAUUUAUUCAGUCUAAACAUGUACAAAAACUGUUGUAUUCCAUUCCAAUGCUCAUUCCAUAAAAUGAGCGGUGUUAGUUUUUGUAACUGCUGUGAACCUGCAGUUCCUGUAUGGGCAUUCUGGGAAAUACAAGGCUUGGAGGCACUCAUGUGUUCCUCUUUUACAUUGAAAUGGGAGUUAUAAUCUUGACAGUAACUGGAACGCCAUGGCAAAGUGACACUGGCAAUACAACAAAAAUAGACAAAUAUCUAUUCCCCAAAAUGUUGAUAUACUGACACUGCAGUAACGUAGACCUGCCAAAUAUUACAGGCCUCUUUUGGCCGUAUUGGAUAUAUUUCUUUCAGGGUCUGUAUGACAUACUAAUAAAAUAAAUUAUUUCAUGGUAUAUUAGGGACCUGUCAUAACGUAUGGCUAGUGGGGGUGAUGAUGAUUUUUAUGGAGAAGUAUGUACAAUGUGAAUGACCCCCCUCCCCACCAAAAUGUAUGUACAAAGUGACCCCCCUGCAUCCUACAGGCCAUGUACAAA